AUGAUUAACCCGCUGUACGAGAGCCUGAACGACGCCCCGCCCUUGCCUCGCCCAAGGAUCUACCUGCCGGGGCUGAGAGACGCCGCGGGCCUUCGCUCGAGCUGCCCCCACGACCGCGAGCCCUUGUUCGCUUCCCAGUCCAGCCUGCUGUCGACGCCCUUUUCUUGCAACGAGGAAGAGGAAGACGACGAUGAGGAGGAGGAUGACGACGAGGACGAAGACACCAAUGCGUCUCUGGUUUCCUCGUCGACCUCCAGCCUCACCUCGAAGGAGGAGGGCGCGUACGACGUUCCUCGCGCCAUCCACGCUCCGGCGCUGUACUUUGGCGCCAGUUCUUCGCGUUUCGGCAGUAAUUUGUUGUGCCUGAACACAAAGUCCCUGUGCCUUGGCGCCAGCCCUCCUUAUAUCAGCUCAGAAUCCUCCUUCAGCGCCGGAUCCCUGUGCUGUGGCGCCAGCUCCCCGCGUCCCGGCGCGGCCCGGCUCGUCGUGAAUUCUCCGUCUCUCAGCUCCGGCUCAUCCAGCGUCAGCCUCAGCUCCUCGUAUCUGAGUGCCAGCUCAACGUACUCAAAUGAGAGGGAGAUUUACGACUUGGCGUCAAGUGCGCUUUGCGCCAGGGAAGAGAGGGCUGAGGACGCCACGCCCCUCAUCUGCUCGUCAUGGGCGAACCCCGUAGGCGGCUUGUACGACGUUCCAUCCGCUAUCCGUUACCGAUGCACCUUUCCCUUGGAGCUCCAGAAGUUCUGCGAGGACCUGCCUGACCCCGGGACCCCAGACGUCCGACAGGGCGUCUUCACGAAGGGCGUGGGAGAGCGGGGGCACGAUGCAGUGAAAAGCAGAAAAUGGACCAGAGAAAAAAAUGAUGCAAGAAAUAGCAGGGAAAAUAAAGAGACUUUGGCAGAACAAAUGUCAGGGCUGUCUCAGGAGGCCGGGGCGAGCGAACUACGCGAAAGGUCAGACGAAAUUCCAAUUAUUUCACCGCGGUUCAGCCGUAGCAGUAGUAACGCCGAAGGAGGGCUGUAUGACAUACCCAGGCUGAUUCACGCAGCUCACCAGACGGCAGGAGAUGAGCCAGAAAGGAGUCCGAGAUCAAAGGAACACACGCUGAAGAAGUCUGCCUCGAAGGAAUGUCCCGCCAUGGCCUCAGGCGCUGGCUAUUUUGUCGAGGGAAAGCCUGGCGCCGACGAAGCAGCCUACGACGUCCCACGAUACCUCCGUCGAAAUCUCACCUUCACGAGUCGUUCGGAGGCCAAGCUGUCGGAGACCUCGCGCUCUCGGUCCCUGCCGGCGGCCGCUCUCUCAGGUUUAGUCGUCGAAGACCCUGGGUCAGAGUGCGCGAACGCCCCCGCCCGCCUGCCGUCGUUCAGCGAGGAGCAGGAGGACGCGUCCGAGGAAAGGAAAGGCGACGUCCCCACGACUCCUGCGCCCGCCCUGCCGCAGCGCCCGCUCACGCCGCCGCCCAAGUUCAACUUCACGGAGCCCGUGUCGCGCUAUGACGUCCUCGAGAAGGCCAGCGGCCUGCCCGCGAUCUUCACCAGGAGGUCCGCCUGGCGCCACGGCGGGAACGGGAUUUACUACACCCUGCAGGUCAAGGGGAAGGAGCAGAAGGUCCUGGACGGCCUUUCGGACGACAGCAGCGACAUGGGCGACAGCGAGGGCGUCGAGGAGGACUGCAUGUCGUCUCUGUUUCGAGCGAGGAAGGACGCGAGCAAGCGCUUGUGCGACAAGGGCGACCGAGGGAGGGACGAGGCGCCGGCGAAGGGCGACUCCCUCGGCGCUGACCCGGCUCCUCGCUCCCGGAGCAGGCUCACUCGCCAGACAGAGCACGUGGUCACGACGGAGCCCAGCGGAGGCUUCAUGAGCACGUGGUCGGACCAGGACCACGGGUUGGGCGACGCUGACCAUUACUCGGGGCAGGAGGCGAGUCUGACCGAUUCGGGCGUCGGAUCAGGCCCGGAAAUAAGCCUGGGAUCCGAGAGCCUCGUCCUCAACCCCAGCUGGUGUCUCGGGCAGUACCUGCGGAAACACCGACCCGCCCACCUGCUCCCCGUGACGUCAUCGGUCUUUCAGAGGGACCGCGGGCGUGGGCGUUUAGUGGCCUCGAGGAACCCGCGGCGCUUUUUCUCUGGCACAGAGGAGGCGGCGGUCCUGCACGCCCGCACCGUCCUGGACCUAAUCGACGACAUCGCCUCCACUGUGGCCUCAGACGCCAUCAUUGCCGGGGACUAUAUCCUCCAAAUCCAGCCGAAAGCGAACCUCCCUCAGCUUCCUGCUGUCACACGCAACCCGCUCCGCUUACAAAGACUCAGCGCAGCCUCCUCCUUGAACGAGUGUCUGGUAACGAACCUUUUCCUCGAAUUGCUUCGAACACAACACAGUCCUCACAGUGCCACACGCAGCUCCUCCCCUCACAAAUGUCUAACGCGGCCCUCUCUGCUCUCCCUGACACAGCGCCGCCCCGGCUACCACCGCUUCUACAAUGAGCAACUCUUUUCCCGACAGAUCCAGCACGCCGUGGCCACUCUCAAGCAGGCAGUGGAGAAGUUCAGCGCCAACACGCAGGAGAUCAGUGCCUCCUUGAGAGCUUUCACGCAGAAGUUGCAGGAGACGGAGUUCCCCAAUGAUGUUACCUCCACUGAGGAGCUGCUGCAGUCUCAAACUUCAGAAUACAAUGCACUGAAAGAUGACCUGUUGUCGGCCUCCCGCCAUGGAGAAACUCUACUCAAUUGUAUCAAACGCCCUGGGGAGCCUCGCACAGCCCGUCUGUGUCCCGACAAGUUAAUCAAUGUUACAGCUGUAGAACGGCUGUUGGUGCAGCUGGAAGAGACUGAAAGAACCUUUGAUGAGUUCUGGACUCGGCAUGAGGGACGGCUCACACAGUGCCUCCAACUGAGACGUUUUGAGACAGAUUUUAGGGAGCUGCAACAAUGCCUGGAAAUUUCACUAAAGCAGUUGUCUGCAAUGUCGGAGAUUGGGGAUUCAGUUCACCAUGUCGACCAGCUGUUGGCAGAAGCUCAGGAUUUCCAUAUGAUGACUGCAGACCAGCUGGAAAAAGCAGAGGAGCUACGCAUCAUCGGCACACAGUUGAUUGAAAGUCAGCAUUACGCCGUAGACUCCAUUCAGCCAAAGUGCGUAGAGCUAGUAAGGAUGAGGGAUGCCUUCCAUGACCGCAUAACAAACAGACUGGAGACGUUACACAAGUGCCGAGACUUGCAAGAACGCAUUGAACAGGCUAAUAAGUGGUGCACAGAAGGUGUAGAACUCUUAGCCUCACAGCAAAUAGAGCGAUGUCAAGCCCCAGAAUUUGCUGAGGAAGCUCUUAGGGAGUUGGAUGAAUUUUUGGCUUCCUCUGAGUACAGUCGGCUCGGAACCACACGCGAACUUAGGACCAUGUUUGAGGAUGUCAUCACCCCUGAAACCAAGGGCUUAGUGCAACAGGUACUGAAACGUAUAGAAGAUGUACAAAUGAUGUGUGAAAAGCGAAAGAGUUCCUUAAAGAAGUUGGCCACUCGUCUGCCUCGACCCGUGCAUGCUGUGACACCAGAGCCCGCAGUCCCACUCCACUACCCACAAGGGCAUGCCAAUGUUCACCCACACUCUCACCCAGCAUCUCCCCUCCAUGCGGACCUCCCUAAAAGUCCCAAAAGCAUGAGGAAAGCAUCAACUUUACCCAAGCUUGGUGACAGCGGAGAUUCUCCUGACUGGGUUGGUGAUGCAGAAGCCGCACGUGCUAAGCGAGGCCAUGUCCUUCGUGAGCUUCUAGAUACAGAGAGAAUCUAUGUAUCAGAACUCUGCUCUAUUCUCAAGGGCUACAAGGAUGAAAUGCUAAACCCAGAAAUGCAGCCUCUUAUCCCCAUCAACCUAUAUGGCAAGAGUGAUAUUCUCUUUGGCAACAUGGAGGAUAUCUUCCGCUUCCAUAAUGAUGUCUUCCUGCGGGAUUUGGAGAACUGUAUUAAUACGCCAGAGCUAAUUGGUCUUUGUUUUGUCCAGAGGAAGGAUACAUUCCAUCGGUUGUACUCACUGUACUGUCAGAAUAAGCCCCAAAGUGAAGAACUACGUCGGCAAGUAGGUGAUCAAAACCCAUUUUUCAAAGAGUGUCAGCGUCGUCUCCAUCACAAACUGCCACUUGGUGCCUACCUUCUGAAGCCUGUGCAACGUAUCACAAAGUAUCAGCUCCUGUUGAAGGACUUACUGAAAUGCGUAGAAGGUAGCCAAGGUCGCCGGGAGUUGCAGGAGGCGGUCGACACAAUGCUCACAGUCCUCAAGUGCCUCAAUGACUCCAUGCAUCAGGUUGCCAUCACAGGAUUCCCGGGCAAUCUGGCAGACCUGGGGAAGCUGCUCAUGCAAGGCCCCUUCAGUGUGUGGAAUGACAGCAAAAAGGGACUUCGCGAGCUCCGUCUGAAGCCAGCACAAAGACACAUUUUCCUCUAUGAAAAGAUGCUACUUUUCACCAAGAGAACUGGCAAGGAUACAGAUCGUGCCACUUACCACUUCAAAAAUGCCCUGAAGAUGUCACAGGUUGGUUUAACAGAGAGUGUGCGAGGCCAUAAAGGUGAUGUUCGAAAGUUUGAGGUCUGGCUUCAGGGACGGCAAGAGGUCCACACCAUCCUGGCUCCUUCGUCAGAAGUCAAGGACCUGUGGGUUAAGGAGAUAAAGCGGGUCCUACUUGACCAGUUUGAGUAUCUCAAGGGAGAAAAUAUCAAGCAGUACUCGGCUAGAAUACAGAAGGGUGCCAGUCUUAAUGGCAUUCGAAUUCCUCCUCUGUCACCCACAACUCAACACAGGGCUCUACGACAGACGGCAUCAUGGGACAUAGCAGGCAAUGGUGUGACUGGCAGUGGUGGGUCUAUCAGUUCUAGCAGCUCUGAGGGCCGCCCUGGAGGUGAGCCGAGUCGGGAAAUAGGCAAACGCUCUCUGCGGAUAAAGUCUGCAGAUGCCACUCUAGGAGAUGCUCCAGAAGAGGAAGAGGAGAGCUGGUCAUCAGAUUACUCUGCUUCUGAUGAGGAAGAGGAUCAAGAAACAUUCUCUGAGAGCACAGAGUACACCUCAUCUCGGUUCCUUGUCUUGGCUGACUACAAUGCCAUGGGAGGAUCUGAAGUCAGCCUGCGUGAGGGAGACUACGUAGACUUGAUCAAAGUUGGGUGUGCUGGCUGGUGGUACGUUAGGGUUUCUGGGACGCCGUACGAAGGUUGGGCUCCAGCUGCCUACUUAGAGCGGGUCCUCAAAAAGGGCAGCAGAUCCUCACCCUCAGUCAGUAGUCAAGAAUCCUCCUCAGGACUGAAGCAUGCAACGUCAAAGUCAUCAGUUGCUUCACUAUCAGCCAAAUCCGAGGAAGUGAAUAUAAUGUAAAUAGAAUGGAAUACCAAUGAUACUAUAAUGCCUUAAGGCUGUAUUAGUCCAGAAACAAAACAGAAUGUUAUGGUGGUCUAUAAUGGCUGGGAGAAUCAUUGUGCUAUUCCUUCUGGGUAAAAAAUGUAUAAAAAUGUUGCUUUUGUUGAAUGCCAUGUGAAAAGACAUUGUCCUCAUAGGACCUCCCGGAACUGUGCUGGUGUGACGAGCAAACCACAUGAAGAAGUGUCUUCACAUCAAUAUAUGAAUGACAUGGACAGUGUGUAUGGUAACAUGACUCCCAGAACAGUGUGUAACCUCUUAACAUCACCUGACCUAGAAUGCCUCCUGUAAUGCCUGCUUAAAAAUAAGAAAACUUGAAUGGUUCAAGUGCAAGCAUUCUUUGCAGGUAGGAUAUAUAACAAAUUCAUGGACUUCCAUUCAUAUAAUAUUAACCAAAGUAAAUCAUCCUAGAGAUACAUUAAGUCUAACAGUUUCUCACUCCUUGGCAUAUUCUCUCUUCUAUUCCUAAAUUCAGUGCAAUAUCACUGCUUUAUAUCAUGUCCUACUAUAUAGUAUGUACCAUAUGUAAACAUAAAUGAAAAUGUAUGGUCUCUUGUUUCUCAGAUCUACUAAUACCUCUUGGGCAACUUUCUGAAUGGGAAUAUGAAUGUUCCAGGCAUCAUGGAUACUCUUGUUACAAAGAUGUAAUACAUUACACAAAUACAUCACUUGUAGAUUGUAAAAUAAAAUCUAGUAUCUCCCUAGUAUGAGGGUAACUAGUGGGCUUUACUCUUCAAGUCAAGCAUAUAUAUGCCCUUUUGACUCUUGAUUCAAUCUCUGACUCUAAUGGAUGUACAGGUUAUCAUGUACUAUCUAUUUUUUUUUUUUUCUAACUUAUAGAAAUCUUUCAUCCUGAUAUUUACAAUGUACUUUUGCCUAACACCCAUCUAGUACCUAUCUUUCUUCCCUUAGAUAUGUUGCCAUCUUAUAUUAACCUCAUUAUUUGAUGAGAUCCUCUUAUUCUAUCACUCUUUUAUUAUUACUUCUUGUGUAGAUUUAUAUGCCAUGGUAAUUUUGCAUUAUUAUGCCCAUCUGUAUACCUUGCCUGUCAACUUUACUCAACUUAUAGCGGCUUUUUACUCCGCUCUGCCCACUUGUGAUCAUGUGCCUCACGUACUGGUAGAAGUAGAAAUAGAGGUCUGAGUGCCAGCUCCAAUGUUGCCUUGUGAGGCAAAUGUGGCUUUGUCUAUACAAGUACUGCCAAGAACUUAUAGUACUCAUCGAGUCUUACUGAUAAGGCAAAGCAUCAGGAGUAGUUCUCAUCAGUUCCUCCUGAUACAACAUUAAAAAUCCCUCAUUUGGAGUUAUGGGUGUUGGAAAUCAUUGAGAGAGAUUGAAUGUGAUAGCUUAGAGUUUUCAUACUCUUUGGAAUUUAGCAAAGCAGGUAAAGGGAAGUUGUGUAUAUGUAGCCUGUAAAACUUCCCUUUUUCUUCUCUUUUCGAGAGGAACAAAACAAAGAGGUAGGAGUAAAUGCAUUUAUUAUUGAUUUGAUUCAAAGGGUAACAAAAUGAAAGAUUUUGAAUGGUACUACUGAGAACAACAAAUUACUGUACAUGUUCUAAAUUUCCUGUUAGUUCUGCGGACAUUAGGAAUAGAAUGUGUGAAAGGGUCUCUUUUUCUCCCAUAUGUGGGACUGAGAGAAUGGUGGUUUGUAUGGAAUACAAAUGACUAUCAUAUGGGAAACUGUAGAGGCCAGAUCAGCUGAAAAUGCUGGGCUUGAGAGAGAAAAAGAGGUAGUGUAGAGGGCCUUCUAAUUUUUUGCAUAAUGGUCAUUGAAAAUUGAACUGUAUUGCAUAUAUCAAUCAUCUACAAAAAGCUGGGAGAUAUAUGUUAAUUUCAAAAUAUGGGUUUAUAAGCUCAACUUUUAUAUACUCUGAAAAAAAUUCAUUUAAUGCUAUUCUGUAUUCUAGUCAUUUUUUUUAACUUUGCAUAUUAAUAAUAAUACGGCAUCAGUACAAAUUUAUAGGCACAGAGUGACCAAGAGGCCUUGACUGUAUCCCAUGUGAUAGUAUUUAUGUAAAACUGUUGAACCCUGAAAUCCCAGUGAGUGUUGGGCAGUACAAAAUUCAUACAGUGGAGGGAGACUGUGUUCAUAAACAUUUUUUGUGAUAAAGUAGACACCAGAAUCUUUUAGUGUGAACAUUCUCGGCUGCAGGCCAUUCGAGAAGGCUGGUAAUGGUAAUGCAGGGUCGAAAAAAGGCUGCUUGAUCCACAUCGCAUGUGAUGAGCCAUUGCAUGAUAAGACUUUGUACACAGCCUGUAAGGUAAGUGCCAAUGGUGUAAGCAACACUUUGCUUUAGAAGGCAAGCGAAGCAAGCAGUGCAGGCAGCACAAGAUAAUGCUGACUGUCGGUCAUAAAGCAGAAAAUAAUGGGCAGUGCAGGCUCACACUAUCUGCAGGCCCAGCACUUACAAUCUCCAAAGUGACUUACCAACUCCUUUUGUACAUUCAUAUGUUGUAGACAUCAAUAAUCCAGUUGAAGAUGUUGUUGAAUGGUGCUUUUAGCUCUGCAUGUACUAGCAACCGUGUGUUUCAUGUAUGGUGUACAUUGCAGUUAGAUUGUGAUCUAUAUAGAUCUUUUCUCAUCCAAAGAUUAAUUUUCAUGUACAGUAUAAUUAUAUAUAAUAUAUGGAUGUGUGUUACUUAUAAAUUCGUAAAAUGAAGACAAUUUAUUGAAAAAAUACUAACAUGUGUUCGCUGCCCCUUCUUCCAGAGAGCGAACCAGCCUCCGUAACUCCUUACGUUCACCUUUCCAGGUGUUAAAAAACAUUCCAUAUAUAUGAUAUACAUUUACUGCAUAUAACAAAUGUAUGUAUAUCCUGUACAUAAUGGCUAAUCAUCCACUAUUCCUCAUAGCCAAGAAAUGUUUGGUUGGAAUAUGCGCUAGUGAGGCGGUAUUCUGAUAGUCUUAUGUGUUACCUGCAAAGACCUUGGUUAUAUUUCAUUUGUAACUAGGUGGUUAUUCAUCAUUCAUUCUAAAUAUUCUCAUUGUUAUGUAUCCAUCGUCAUGGUUAAGUUAAUUACAUAUCAUAAUCAACUGUUCAUUGAUUUUUUUUUGUCAUAGGAAAAAAAAGAGAUUUAUUUGGAAAUAGUUCAUGCAAAUUGUUUUGUUUUAUUUUCUUGUUAAAUGUAUUCCCCUUUUCGACUCUCUAUAAUCUUUCAAAACACCAAAUAUAAUAAAAAGGUCUAGACA